UUAUAGAUGUGUUGUCUGGCAAGGAUGGGACUGUGAAAUGGUCACCAACAUCCCUGUCAAGAUCACAGAAUGCCAGGUUCUGACCCCUGUAAUGGUUCCACCCAGUGCUGAUGUGGUGCUACCAUGUUCCUCUGGACCUACUGCAGAGGAAGUCAAGAAUGUAACGGUCAGCUGGCAGCUGGUCACAGGGAAGCAGAGGACUGUCAUCCUUCGGUAUCCUCCGUCAGCACCCGUGGGUCCUACUGAACAGGUCUUGCAGGGACGAGUCAGAUUCAGUGGAAAUCCCCAGGAGGGCGAAGUAGCCCUAAAUGUGUCAAAAGUGACAGACACUGAUACCAACUGGUAUCGCUGUGACCUGCACACGCAGAAAACUCAAAGUUGCUAUGAAGUGAGGCUUGAAGUCAGAGAAUCUCAGUCAGCAGCCAUCACAACAGCCGGCCCGGUGACAGUUAUUACGGAUCUCACAAAUAUAACACCAACGACAACUAUCAGAGACAAUGAAGAGGACAGUGGGAACCGAGGCAGUGGGGCUAUGGUUGUCACACUGGUCUUCCUGUUGUCCACGUGUCUCAUUGCAGUGGCAGCGGCGCUGAUAAUCUGCUUCCUGCGAUACAAAGGGGCAAGAGAAUCAAGGAAUUUUGAUAUGAUUAAUCUUCAGGAGAGUCCUUAUUCCAACGUAGACAUUCGAAACUCAGUUCUGAACACGUUUUAUACCUUGGCUUACUCCGAAGAUAGGUGUUGUGAGCAGCACACUUGAAAACAGAC